AUGUCGAUUUUCACUUCUAAUUUACAAGUACCAGUAUUCUAUCCGACAUAUGAUGAAUUUGAAAAUUUUUCAUCAUAUGUAUCAAAAAUCGAAUCACAAGGUGCACAUAAAAUUGGUUUAGCAAAAAUUGUACCACCUAAACAAUGGAUACCAAGAAAAAUGGGCUAUAAACAAAAAGAAAUUGAUGAAACAAUGGUACAUAAUCCCAUAAAACAAGAAGUACAUGGAAAAGAUGGUCUUUAUUUAGUAUAUAAUAUUCAACAAAGAUCAAUUAAAUUAAGUCAAUUUCAAAAAUUAUCAUCAACUACUCGAUAUACUACACCAUCAUCAAUUUCAAAUGAUAUUGAAAAAUUAGAAAAAAAAUAUUGGGAAAAUUUAACAUCGAUAUCACCAAUUUAUGGAGCUGGUAGGUUUUUUGAAAAAUUGAAAUGA